ACCCAUCAACCCCGCUGCCAACCCCCAGGGCCGGGGGGUGGGUGGGCAGGGGCUGCUCCCCGAGGCUGGACUGAGGUCCCGGCAGGGAUGUGACCACUCGGGGGACGAGCGGCUGGAGGAGCAGGAGCUGGAGAAGUUCUGCCGGCGGCUGCUGCGGCGCCCGGAGCUGGAGGAGCUGUUCGGGCACUACUCGGGGGAGGACCAGGUCCUGUCGGCCGAGGAGCUGCAGGAUUUCCUGAGGGACCAGGGCGAGGAGGCCACCCCGAGCCAGGCUCGUGCUGCCAUCCAAGCCUACGAGCUCAACCAGAAGGCCAGAGAGCAGGACCUGAUGACCCUGGACGGCUUCAUGAUGUACCUGCUGUCGGCUGCUGGGGACAUCCUCAACCAGGAGCACACCAAGGUCCACCAGGACAUGAACCAACCCCUGAGCCACUACUUCAUCUCCUCCUCCCACAACACCUACCUGACCCACCACCAGGUGGGAGGCAGCAGCAGCACAGAAGCCUACGUCAGGGCUCUGCUGGCCGGGUGUCGCUGCGUGGAGCUGGACUGCUGGGAGGGCCCUGCUGGGGAGCCCCUGGUGUGCCACGGCCACGCACUCACCUCCAAGAUCCUCUUCCGAGACGUCAUCGAGAGCAUCCGUGACCACGCCUUCAAGGAGGAGGAGGAAGAGGAGGAGAAGCUGCAGGAGAGAAGCAGAAGGCGGGAGGCGUCACAGGUGGCCCCAGAGCUGUCAGCCAUGGUAGUCUACAGCCAGGCUGUCCCCUUCCCUGGCCUGGCCCAGGCCCUGUGCCACCCCCAGCCCUGCCAGGUCUCCUCCUUCAGCGAGAGGAAGGCUCGGAAGCUCAUCAAGGAGGCAGGCCCACCCCUGGGGAGGCUGCACACCCGGCAGCUCAGCCGUGUCUACCCCCUGGGGCUGAAGAUGGACUCCUCCAACUACAACCCCCAGGAGAUGUGGAACAUGGGCUUCCAGCUGGUUGCCCUCAACUUCCAGACCCCGGGUUACGAGAUGGACCUGAACACGGGGCGGUUCCUGGGCAACGGGGCCUGUGGUUACGUGCUGAAGCCCCCCAGCCUGCGCAGCCCACCCGGGGGUCCCGCCCCCCCCAUGUGCCACCCCUGUCCCCAGGUGAUCUCAGCUCAGCAGCUGCCCAAGGUGACAGGGCAGAAGGACAGUGCCAUCGUGGACCCCCUGGUGCGGGUGGAGCUCCACGGGGUCCCCCCCGACUGCAGCCGCCAGCAGACACGCCACAAGGUCAACAACGGGUUCAACCCUCGCUGGGAGGAGACGCUGCGGUUCCAGGUGCGGGCACCUGAGCUGGCGCUGCUGCGCUUCGUGGUGGAGGAUCACGACAGCACCUCCCCCAACGACUUCGUGGGGCAGUUCACGCUGCCCCUGCCCAGCGUGCGGGCAGGGUACCGGCACGUCCACCUGCUCUCCAGGGACGGGGCGUCCCUGGCCCCGGCCACGCUCUUCGUGCACAUCAGAUGUAAGAGCCUGUGA